AUAUGGAUCGUCUCAGUUCAGACGUCGCACGUCACAGGCCGGAACUGCCGCCUUCUCUCUACGUUGCAGAGACGUUGUCUCUCUGAUAGACAUGGCGGCUGUACCUCAGCUUUCCGCUCCCAGCGCUCCUGCCCGAUCGGCCGAUGGUAUCCUCAUCGGCGACCGGCAAUAUUCCGAAGUCUACCUCACAAUCGACUACUCCCUUAUUCCCGAGGAGCGGCUUUCGCCGACCCCGUCUAUGUCAGAUGGCCUGGACCUGAAUACCGAAACCGACCUACGAAUCCUGGGAUGUGAGCUAAUUCAGUCGGCCGGUAUCCUCCUCCGCCUUCCGCAGGUGGCAAUGGCGACUGGGCAGGUGUUGUUCCAUCGAUUCUUCUACUCCAAAUCCUUUGUCAAACACAGCUUUGAGAUUAUUGCCAUGGCAUGUAUCAAUCUCGCUUCCAAAAUUGAAGAAGCUCCCAGACGAAUUAGAGAUGUGAUAAAUGUUUGUCAUCACUUACGUCAGAUAAGAGCAAAAAGGACCCCAAGCCCCCUGAUACUUGAUCAGAGCUACAUAAAUACCAAAAACCAUGUAAUCAAAGCCGAGAGGAGGAUACUGAAGGAGUUGGGCUUUUGUGUUCAUGUGAAGCAUCCCCACAAGAUCAUUGUUAUGUAUCUACAAGUUUUAGAAUGUGAGCGCAACCAGACCCUUGUUCAAACAGCAUGGAAUUACAUGAAUGAUUGCUUACGGACCAAUGUAUUUGUGAGAUUUGAUGCAGAAACCAUUGCCUGUGCUUGUAUUUAUCUUGCUGCCAGAGCUUUGCAGUUAUCCUUGCCAAAUAGACCACACUGGUUUUUACUUUUUGGAGCAACUGAAGAAAACAUUCAAGACAUCUGUAUAACCACUUUAAGGCUCUACUCCAGGAUAAAGCCGAACUAUGAAUUUUUGGAAAAAGAAGUUGACAAAAGGAAAGUAGCACUACAGGAAGCAAAAUUAAAAGCAAAGGGGCUCAAUCCUGAUGGAACUCCAGCCAUUUUAUCAAUGGGAGGCUUCUCUCCUGCAUCUAAACCAUCUUCUCCAAGAGAUGUAAAAACUGAAGAGAAAUCCCCAAAUUUUGCAAAAGUUAAACGGGAGAUGGAUGACAAGCAGUCUUCUAAGAGCCCUUACAAUGGAUUGCGUAAGGAAAACAAAAGAAGCCGAAGUGUCAGUAGAUCAAGAUCACGGACAAAAUCAAGAUCCAGAUCUCACUCUCCUCGUAGACAUUACAACAACAGGAGGAGGAGUCGUUCUGGAACUUACAGCUCAAGGUCAAGAAGUAGAUCCCGCAGUCACAGCGAGAGCCCCCGUAGGCACCAUAAUCACGGCUCCCCCCACAUGAAACUCAAGCACCGCGUGGAAGACUUGAGAGGUAGACACGCUCACAAAAGGAAAAAAUCUCAUUCACCAAGCAAAAUCAGGGAGCCCUCGGAGCUUGCCAAGAAGCACAGACAUGAGCAUGGACAUCACAGGGAGAGGAGAGAGCGCUCUCGGUCCUUUGAGAGAUCGCACAAAAACAAACAUCAUGGCAGCAGCCACUCUGGACAUGGCAGACACCGGCGCUGAACACACAGAAUAAAUAUAUAUAUAAAUAGAUGUUUGUCUAUGGACUUUAUAGUUAGGACUUCGUAACUGUAAAAGUGACACUUUGAAUUUACACAACAUGGACCUGAUAUUCUGCGUUUAUUUUUUACUUUUAUCUUUCACAUUAUAACUUGUCAGGAUGACUUCUCCUAAAGUUCUGCAUUAAACUGCUUCUCCGAAUGGACUGCAUUAAAGAGGUAUUUUUUUAUAAGAACCGUUGCAGACACAUAUAUUUAAGGAUGACUGGUUAUUUAAGUAUUUGUGGGAACUUUCUUACAUUGCUUUUAGUCUGCAUGUAAACAAACUGAUUUUUAUGAGGAAAUAAAUUAGAAAAGAGAAA